UCCCAAUGAAGACUUGGCCACUGGAGUGGAGACGCACAACGAUUAGUCGGUUUUUAACAAUGUGUUCAACGAGUCAAAAACGGAGAGUGUUUUAAUUUUGUUCUGUAAUAGGCGAAGCGCAUACCUGUUCAUAAAACAGUCGAAGUAGCUUCCAUUUUUCAGCGUUUUUGUGUGCAGCCUUUCAAUACAACUACAGAGCUCACCCGUGAGCGGUUUGUACUUUUGGACGUUUUACUUCUACUACUCUCACCAUGGAGUACACCUCUUCCCCGAAGCCACAGCUCUCCUCCAGGGCAAACGCGUUCUCGAUAGCCGCUCUCAUGUCAAGUGGAAAAACGAAGGACAAGGAAACCGAUGAAAACACCAUCAAGCCACUUGAACAAUUCGUGGAGAAGUCCUCCUGUAACCAGGGUUUGGGAGAGCUGGCUUCUCUAGAUGCUCACGGAGAUUUCAGCGGGAGCGCGCCUGCAGUGUGCACGGAGCCGCUCAUCCCCACCACCCCCAGUGUGCCCAGCGAGGAAAUGGCCAAAAUCUCCUGCAGUUUAGAGACCAAGGAACUCUGGGACAAAUUCCAUGAUCUCGGCACCGAGAUGAUCAUCACAAAAUCCGGAAGAAGAAUGUUCCCCACCAUCCGUGUGUCCUUCUCCGGGGUGGACCCGGACGCCAAAUACAUCGUGCUGAUGGACAUUGUUCUCGACAACAAACGCUACCGAUACGCCUACCACAGGUCGUCCUGGCUCGUGGCGGGCAAGGCGGACCCUCCUCUGCCUGCACGGUUAUACGUGCACCCUGACUCUCCUUUCACUGGGGAACAGCUGCUCAAACAAAUGGUUUCUUUCGAGAAAGUAAAGCUCACCAACAACGAACUGGACCAACAUGGACACAUCAUUCUAAACUCCAUGCAUAAGUACCAGCCGCGGGUCCACAUUAUCAAGAAGAAAGACCACACCGCCUCCCUUCUCAACCUUAAGUCAGAGGAGUUCCGCACCUUCGUCUUCACAGAGACUGUCUUUACGGCGGUCACAGCCUACCAGAACCAGCUGAUAACCAAGCUGAAGAUCGACAGCAACCCGUUUGCGAAAGGCUUCCGAGACUCCUCCCGACUGACGGACAUGGAGAGGUUACUGCAAAGACAUGAUAUAUCUUGGUGAGUUGUU